AUGAAUCAAGAAAAGGUAGCGAAAUUGUAUGUUGUCGGAGAUGAUGGAGGAGGAGAUAUUGGGGGUUUUCGUUUUGCUUCCAAGGAUGAUUAUCUCUGCCAGAAAUGCGGCAAAGGAUUUGGUUCCAUGAAGGCUGUGUAUGGCCACAUGCGAGUUCAUUCCAAAAGACCCAAGAUUCUACCUCAAGAACAACCUCAUCGUCCUGUUCCCAAGAAACCAUCCACGACAAUGGGGUUAAAGAUUUCAGAACUACCUGUAGUUUCUGAGUUUGAUGAGGUGGAAGAGGUGGCUGCGUGCUUGAUGAUGCUUUCUCGGGGUGCGAGGAGAAGCUACAAUGGAGAAAACAAAACUGUGGUCGUAAAUGGUGAUGAUGGAAAGAGAAGGGGGUUUAUCAGAGCUGAUGAAUUCGAGAAGGUUAAUAAUGUGAAAAUGGGUUGGGGUUUCAAGAAAAGCAAAGUGAAAAAGGAAUGUGUUAACUCAACUGGGGGCAAGUAUAAAGUACACAAAUGUUCUAUAUGCUUCAAGGCUUUUGCAUCAGGCCAAACUUUGGGUGGUCACAGGAGACACUGUUUCAUGAAAAGCAAAGUCAUAAAGGAAAACCUAGCUUGCUGA